UUAUGAUCAUGUCAACAGUUUGUGUUCUAUGUAGAGGAAUAAUAUCCUUAUUAAUAGUGUUAAAUUAUACUACAAUAAAAGAUACUUGUAAUUUAAUAUUUGGUGGUGGAACUGAUGAUAUAGGAUAAUUAAUGGCUAUGUAAUUUUUAGUAGUAUUGAUACUUUUUGUAAUAGCAGAAAUAUUGCUUGCUUUGAUUUCAUUAAUAUAAUGUUCAAAAACUAAAGAGGAAUAUAGAAGUAUAUAAUAUAUAUGAUUAUAAUUUUAGUUUGGAUUAAACAUAAAGAGAAAAUGAUGAAGAAUUAUGAAUUGUGUUAUGAAGUUGCAAUAUGUUAAUUAGAUGAAUGA